AUGGUGAAAGGUAGAGCAGCCGCCAUCGCCGGCCGUAGCGGUGGGCGUUGCUUCAAUACCUCGAGCCAUACUUCGACGGGGAAUGGGUUUACACCAGCUUUGCCGUUUUCGAGCGCUGAGUCGCCAUUGUCGACGAGGAUGACCCCGGCGCAAACCUGGACGUCUUUUUCGGUAUUGAAAACGGCACCGUUUGUGGUGCCCGAAAAGGACCUCAUCAAAAAAGUGGAAGUUACCGUGAAAGAAAAGGAUCGCACACGUGAUAUCAAUUAUCCACAUAUUGCGACAGUAAAGGAUCGUUACGGGAAAGUAGAGCACGCACACAUAGCAGUCAAGCGCCCGGGCAAGCGGGAAUUCAGAGUCCUCACAAAGAGACGGAGACACAAAGGCUUGCGUUAUGUGUCCGAUGUGCACCCGGAGGGUGGUGGCUCACCGUUGGCGUGGAAAACUUCUCCCCUUCACUUUGGAGGCAUACCAGUUGACCCUCGGGAGCGAGAGACCUACCUAGCAGAGAAACAACGGUCGGAGUCGGAGGAGGAGCGCAAUUCGCCGCCACCGAUGUACAUUCAAGACAACAGACACAGGCGCCGACGAUUUCAGAAGCGGCACAAAAUAUCCUGA